AUGGGGCAGGAGGUGAGCCAGAGCGAGGAGAUGGAUUUGGCGCAAAUUCAGGAUCUUUGCAUCAUUUUCUUGAAGGAGUGUCCGAGCGGGGCCUUGCACCUGCACGAGUUCAAGAGGAUCUUCGGGGUGCCGAGUUCCUCCGAAGAGGAGUCGCUGUACAUCGAGACGUUAUUCCACUCCUUCGACACAAAUCAGGAUAACGCUCUGGAUUUCAUCGAGUAUGUGGCAGCUCUCAACUUAAUCUUAAGAGGGAAUAUUGAAGACCGACUAAAGUGGUCCUUCAAGUUGUACGACAAGGAUGGUAACGGCAGGUUGGACCGACAUGAAGUGAAGCGCAUCAUAAGGAUUCUUCACAAAAUCAAAUUCCAGAAGACUAACGCCAGCAGCAUGACGCCGUCUCAAAUCUGUGACCGGAUCUUCGAGCUGGUCGACCAGAACGCUGACGGUCAGAUAACGCUGUCAGAGUUUAUGGAGGGGGCUCAGAAGGACGAGUGGCUGAUGAACCUGCUGAAGUUGGACGUAGACGCCAAAGGUUGGGUCAUACAGAACUGCGGAAAGACGUCCUGA